AUGAUGUCAUUCUUCCCUGUAAAGGUUCGGUCGGCCUGGACCCGUCGACCAAAGAUGAAGACUCAACAGGUACUCCGCUUUAGAUCGACGCUAACAUCAAGGAAUAUCACGAGCGAAUAUCACUACUACUACUACUACUACUACUACUACUACUACUACUACUACUACUACUACUACUACUAUCACUACUACUACUACUACUACUACUACUACUACUACUACUACUACUACUACUACUACUACUACUACUACUACUACUACUACUACUACUACUAUCACUACUACUACUACUACUACUACUACUACUACUACUACUACUACUACUACUACUACUACUACUACUACUACUACUACUACUACUACUACUACUACUACUACUACUACUACUACUACUACUCUAAUUUUUCGAUAUAA